AUGCUUCUCCUCCACCAGGUUGGUAGCGUCAAGAUCGGCGAGGUCGUUCGGUAUACCGUUACAUAUACGCCGUCACACGACCGCAUUCUCCCGUCGCCAGAAUUCCUCUACCUGCGCAUCCGCAACACAUGUGCCAUCGCCCUGCGUGCCGCCUUCGUCCACGGUCCCUACACCCUCUCCGUAGCAGCGUACCCUUCGAAUUUCAACCCAAACGAGAAGUUCGCAAACCCUCGCAGAUAUGGUGUGCCUGAGUUUGAACCUAUGCUCAAGGCUGGCGGGUCAUGGACAUGCCACCUGGUCGUGCCCGACGAUAUCCGGCAGAGUGCGGGAACCGGAAGUCACGGAUACUUUGGGAAUGGCCCGGAACAUGAUAAUGAGAGUGUAACAUGGGUAAUAGAGGUCGCCUCUCAAGUGAUAUUCUCCGCAUCCGCUGGGGUCAACUACGAGGUAUGCCUCGCACGGGACGAGAAGUCUCUUAAUCUGAGCUCCGGCAUCCCGGUGGUUGGCAACCAGGCACAAAUCCCCCAGCCCGGCCGAGUCAGCGAUUUCCAACAAAGUCUUGGUGCAAAAGAUGGCCACCAUCCCGCACAACCCAAGGGAGUUUUCUCUCGCGCCAUCCAUGUGAAAGUGGAAGAUACGGCAGCCCUUUGGAACACCCCUGAACUGCCGGGUUGGGAUGAGGGAUCGAAGCAACGUGGUGCUCCACAUCGAGCUGGUGCCGCUGUUCAGACCGCUCCUCAAGUCAGAAAGUCCAAGGAUUCCAGCCGGGUACCUAAGAAACAGAAGAAGGUGCACUUGGUCGUUCUCACGCAUGGAUUGCACAGCAACCUCGGCGCAGAUUUGCUGUUUCUCAAGGAGAGCAUAGAUGCUGGAGUUAAGCAAGCAAAGAUCGAUGCAAAAGCGAGAAGAGCAAAAGAGCGUGCAGCAAGGCAAGAGAAAAAUUCGACCAAAGAACCGGGAACCACCGGGAAAGAUCCUUCAACAACAGACGAGCCACAGAAGGUGACUGACGACGACGAAGAGGACGAGGACGAGGAGGUGAUCGUUCGAGUUUUGCACUCGAUUUCGGUCUUGUUGGCAGAACGGGUCAAGAUUUGGGGUUAA